AUGGGUCUGGCAGGAACGCUAAAUGCUUUCAACUUCUCCGCCCUGUCAUCACUUACCAGUCUCAACCUCACGUUCAAUGAGCUCUAUGGAAGCAUUCCUCCCACCAUAUCUGCUCUUUCGAAGCUCACCUCUCUUGAUCUUUGCACUAAUAACUUUGCAGGGAUAAUUCCACUGCAGAUCAUUUCUCUGACAAAGCUCAACUCUUUCAAUCUUAGCGAGAAUCAGAUAAGUGGUUCCAUCCCUCCUUGGCUAAGUAAUAUGACAUGGCUUAACUUCUUAUACCUACACCAGAAUAACCUUUCAGGUACCAUCCCUAAGGAGUUAGGAAGGCUUGGGAAUCUCUUGGAGUUGAAAAUCUACACCAACCAUAUAACAGGUUCCAUCCCUCUCACUUUGGGAAAUUUAACCCAGCUUCAAGUAUUGGAUUGCUCCACCAACGGGAUAUCUGGCUCCAUCCCUCCCGAAUUAGGGAAUCUCGUAAACCUGGUUUAUUUAGAGAUGAGCAAUAACAGUCUGAUAGGUUUUCAUCCCUCUUAG